AUGGGCGAGAUCGUCCCGUUUCAAGACCUCAACCUCUCUCCGGUUCCGGCCGUCGGUAACGGCAACGGCAACGGCAACACCAGCGCCUCCGGCGGUGCUACAACGUCAACUCCCAAUUUCCUGAAGGUUCCCAAAAUCGAGCCCAAGCUCGAGCCGCUAGACGAGAGCCCAAUUGAAGCCCAGCCGCUCCAGGAACCAGACGACGAUUACUUCCAGGACCCCGCCCCUCUUAACUUUUAUUCCGAUCCCCAAAAUACCUCUCUCCCCCAGUCCGCCGUCGUCUCCACCGAACAAGAUAAUGUCUAUUCCGAGUACCACCGAAUCUCGGAGCUCUUCCUGGCGGCUUUCGCUAAACGCCUGGAGCAGCAGCAACAUCAGCAGUACGGCGACGAGGUCACGGCGUUGGACCCGAACGCUGGUGCGAUUGUGCCCGUCGACACUGAGAAUCAGGUUUCCCCGAUCCUGGUGCCUCGGCCGCAGCGGAAGUACGUGAAGCGCUCCUCGGAGCUCGUUCGGGUAACGGACCUUCAGAUUGAGGAUAAGCGGUACUUCAGGGAGAUGGUUCGCAGCACUCGGUUGUUGUUCGACUCGUUUCGCGUAUUCGCCGUCGCAGAGGAACAGAAGCGACUCAGCGCUGUGGGUCCCGCCUUCAGAAAGCCUCGUGGGGAUCUACUGGCGGCCUCAGUGAUGAGGGACCGUGGGCUUUGGAUCAAUCGUGAUAAGCGAAUCGUGGGUCCUAUUCCUGGGAUUGAGAUUGGGGAUGUCUUCUUCUUCAGGAUGGAAUUGUGUGUGCUUGGGCUCCAUGGCAUACCUCAAGCAGGAAUUGACUACCUACCUAUGAGCCAGAGCUCAAAUGGGCAGCCUAUCGCCACCAGUAUAAUUGUUUCUGGGGGCUACGAAGAUGAUGAAGACGCCGGAGACGAGAUAACCUAUACUGGGCAUGGAGGGCAGGACAAGUUUGGGAAGCAUUGUGUUCAUCAGAAGCUUGAAGGAGGGAACUUAGCCAUGGAGCGUAGCAUGUAUUAUGGAAUUGAGGUAAGAGUUAUCAGGGGGUUUAAAUAUGAAGGGAGUAUUAGUAGCAAGAUUUAUGUCUAUGAUGGUUUAUACAAGAUUCACGACUGCUGGUUUGAUGUGGGAAAAUCAGGAUUUGGUGUCUACAAGUUUAAGCUGUCUAGGAUAGAAGGACAGAAGGAAAUGGGUAGUGCAAUUCUGAAAUUUGCAGGGAGCUUGAGGGCUAAGCCAUUGAGCGUGAGGCCAACUGGGUAUAUACAUCUUGAUAUCUCGAAUAGAAAAGAACUUGUCCCUGUCAUGGUGUUUAAUGAUAUCGAUAAUUUUGGGGAUCCGUUGCACCAUGAUUACCUUCCAAAGGCUCUGUUUCCCCCUCACUUGUGCAACACUGGAAGUAGUGGAACUGGGUGUGAUUGCGUUUCGGGCUGUGUGGAUGGUUGUUUUUGUGCGAUGAAGAAUGGUGGUGACUUUGCUUACGACCAACAUGGAUUUCUGGUGAGGGGAAAGCCCUUGAUAUUUGAAUGUGGACCCUUUUGCAAAUGCCCACCCAGCUGUCGCAAUCGUGUAAGCCAGAGAGGCUUGAGAAAUAGAAUGGAAGUGUUCAGGUCCAGGCAAACAGGCUGGGGAGUUAGGUCAUUGGAUUUGAUACAUGCAGGUUCGUUUGUAUGUGAGUAUGCAGGAGUUGUACUCACGAGAGAGCAAGCUGAGAUUUUUGCUAUGAGUGGUGAUACAUUGAUUUAUCCAAGUCGGUUUUCAAGUAGAUGGGCAGAAUGGGGAGAUUUAUCUCGUAUUUAUCCUGACUAUGUUCCUCCAACAUAUCCUGCUCUCCCGCCUUUGGAUUUUGCGAUGGAUGUAUCUAGAAUGAGGAAUGUUGCUUGCUACAUGAGCCACAGCACAGCUCCAAAUGUAAUGGUGCAGUUUGUGUUGUAUGAUCAUAAUAAUCUGAUGUUCCCCCACCUUAUGAUUUUCGCAACUGAGAACAUUCCUCCUUUGCGGGAGAUAAGUCUUGACUAUGGGGUUGCAGAUGAAGUAACGGGCAAACUUGCUAUUUGCAAUUGA